CAACACUCUGCGCAAGGAGAUUCACCAAGAUGAGAAGGAUACGCAAUGCCUCCAGGCCCUCUACCUGACUGAUCCGCGCAAGGACAAGAAGCGCAUCGAGGACACGAAAGGCGGCCUGUUACAAGACGUGUAUCACUGGGUCUUUGACAACUCUGAAUUCCAACAAUGGCGCAAUAGCCUGGACAGCAACCUGCUUUGGAUCAAGGGCGAUCCCGGCAAGGGCAAGACAAUGUUACUCUGCGGUAUUAUCGACGAACUGCAGAGAUCGACUCUGGGAACAGGCCCUCUAUUAUUCUUCUUCUGCCGGGCCAUCGACGAGCGGAUCAACAAUGCCUCCACCAUCCUACGCGGCCUCAUCUACAUGCUCCUCGACCAGCAGCCGUCCCUUAUCCCUCACGUGCGGAAAGAGUACGAGCAUGCAGGAAAAGCACUCUUCGAAGAUGCUAAUCGAUGGGUUGCUUUAUCCGAAAUGUUCAAAUACAUUCUGCAAGACCCAAGGCUGGAGGGCGCCUACCUGGUCAUCGAUGCGCUCGACGAAUGCAUAAGCGGCCGGCGAGAACUUCUCGAAUUUAUCGUCGAGAUGACAUCUACGGUUCCUCACGUCAAGUGGAUUGUCUCCAGUCGCAACUGGCCAGAUAUUGAGAAGAUUCUUAAUGCAGCGACACAGAAAGUACGACUGUGUCUGGAGUUGAACGAAGCAUCCGUCUCCGAGGCCGUUACUGCAUACGUCAGGGUCAAGGCAGAUCGGUUGGCGAAGCGAAAUAAAUACCACCCUGAUACGAAAGAUGAAGUCCAGAAAUAUCUGUCACAAAAUGCACAUGGCACAUUUCUUUGGGUAGCCUUGGUCUGUGACAAACUUGCCGACAUCUCAGGAUGGGACGCUGAAUAUGAGAUGAAGUUGUGUCCGUCCGGACUCGAUGCCCUCUACAGGCGAAUGAUCGACCAGAUUCGGGCCAGGCCACCAAGAAACUCCCAGCGCUGCAAGGAUAUAUUGGCUGUCGUCUCGGCCGUUCUCAGGCCAAUUACAUUGGAUGAACUGCCAUCUCUUGUGGAGAUGGACCCUCGAUAUUCUAGCAGCGACAAAGCUCUAGUGGAAAUCGUAGGGGAAUGCGGUUCUUUUCUUACUCUCCACGAACGUGUUAUCUCGUUCGUCCACCAAUCUGCCAAGGACUUCUUGUUCCAGAAGGCGUCUCAAGAGAUCUUCCCUUUAGAGUUCCUUGGCGCUCCUGGAUCUUCAAUUGUUGACCCCAAACUAUUCGACCCAGACCCGCUGGCUGCAGUACGGUAUGCUUGUGUCUACUGGAUUGAUCAUCUCUACGAUUGGCAGUCACGCAAGAAUACCAAUCACCUAAAUGUGUUCCAGGAUGGCGGUGUCAUCGAUGACUUUCUGAGGCAGCACUAUCUCCACUGGCUCGAAGCUCUCGCACUUUGCAGGAGCAUGUCACAGGGAGUAUUGUCAAUGGCAAAGCUCGAGAGCAUUCUUCAGGUAUAUGCUUCAGCACUUGCCUUCAGCCCUGCCAGAAGCAUGACACGAAAUCUGUACAAGAGGGAAAUGAGGUGGAUUACUGCCGGGCCGGUUGUAGAAGAAGAUUGGAAUGCGUGCACGCAGACGCUCGAGGGGCAUAACGGUUGGGUCAACUCCGUCGCGUUCUCGCCCGACUCGAAGCUCGUUGCGUCCGGAUCAGGCGACAACACCGUCAAGAUCUGGGAUGCAGCGACGGGCACAUGCACGCACACGCUCGCGGGGCAUAGCGGCUGGGUCAGCUCCGUCGCGGUCUCACCUGACUCGAAGCUCGUUGCGUCCGGGUCAGAGGACAACACCGUCAAGAUCUGGGAUGCAGCGACGGGCACAUGCACGCACACGCUCGCGGGGCAUAGCGGUUGGGUCCGGUCCGUCGCGUUCUCACCCGACUCGAAGCUCGUUGCGUCCGGGUCAGACGACAAGACCGUCAAGAUCUGGGAUGCGGUGACGGGCACAUGCUUGCAGACGCUCGCGGGGCAUAGCCGUUCGCAUGAUGUCACGUCCUUGAAGUUGUUUGCCUCCAGGUCAGGUGACUCGAAGCUCUCCUAUCAAUAUGGUAUAAGCUCGGACUGCAGAUGGAUUACAAGGGACUCGGAAAACUGGCUGUGA